UGGUCGCCGUCCGGGAGCCUAUAUAGAGCGGUGGCGCGGCGCUGGCGUGUUACUCCUGCCGGUGCUACGACCAUGGAGAGGCGAUCCGUUCUCCUGCUGGCUGCGGUGGUGGUGGUGGCGGCGCUGGCUGGCAGUGUGGGUGCCGCUUGCCCCAGUGGCUUCCAGCCGCUCCCGUACGGCGCCUGCGUGAAGCUGUGGUCCUGGGAUAACCCAAACAACCCAAGCUGGGAUAUAGCGAGCGAGGCAUGCAAGAAGGAAGGUGGUCAGCUGAUCUCUCUCGACACCCCAGAGAAGAUGCAGCAGUUCUCGACCCACGUAUUCGGAGUUGGAGACCCUUGGCGUUCUUACUUUUACUGUGUCGGUGCAACGAAGACUGAGUCAGGCUGGCGCUGGCUCAAUGGAGCAGAGCUGUCCUCCAGAUCAUACAUGUGGUACCCAGGUGACCCCGAUGGAAUCUAUACCCAGGCACACAUCGUCUCCUACAGCAACCACCCGCGCCACUAUAUCAGUCCCGGUAAUGACUGCACAGCCGCCGCGUGUGAGACCAACCAGAUCUAACAAAGUAACACACUCUGAAACUUUUCUGGCCGCAUCUCGACUGCUUUCAAAGAUCUCUAGCUGAACUGACACGGGUUUUUUUCUGUGUCUCGAUGGUUCUUAUGAGAGAUUAACAAGUUUUCUACAUUAUGAACAGGAGAAACACUCUUGAGAACCCGGCCAAUCAUCCCUUUGGUCUUUGAAAAUAGUCGUGGUGAGAGAGCAAAGCGUUUCUGUUUGCGAGCCGAAGUCCAGCCUCUUGUUAACUUACUGAUAAUGUUUUGACAUGAGCGAUGUGUGUGUUGCCUCAGCGGUGUUUGGGAUGGAGGUCCGUGUAAAGAGUGUUGGUGGUUGUCGUUGCGGAGGAAGGAUUGCUGCGUGUGUGUAGUCAAUAAACACUUCUUUAUAUCUA